AAAGGGUUUAAUCAAAUAAAUGCGUAGCCACACAGAUUUUAAUUAAUUCAUGGGUUAGCUGAAAUUUAAUCGUUUUUUAAUUUCUCUACUUUUGUUCUUUCUCACAGUUUAUCUGUUUCUGCAACUUAAUUAGUCUCUUUGUCACUCGGUGUUUCUCUACAAUUGUUCUUUCUUGCUACAAUAUGAAGCAUUUCUGUUCAAUUCAAGGUUGUGUACCCAGAACGGAAUUUGGGUUCUUAAGACAUUGUCUUGAGCAAAAUCUCACUCUUUCAUGGAGCUUAAAGUCAUGGAAUUUGGGUAGUUCUUUCACAACAAUUUCGCAUUUCAAGAAACUUCCUUAUCCUACGAUAGCUUCAACUCGAAAGCAUUACAAGAACAGUUUGCUCUUGAAGAGAUUUUUAGUCGGUGUUGGCACAGAGGAACCCUCAUUGACAGAAGAUUCACUCGACGACUCUGUUUCUCGACCUCUCACUAGUGACGAGUUGAAAUCAUUGCUCAUUGAUAACGAGAGAUCAAAGCUUGUUAAGAAAUUGAGUGAAGCUAAUCAGCAAAACCGGUUUCUCAAGCGUCAGAUUAAAACACAGGAGGAUGAGAUAACUAACAUCAAAAGCGAGCUUGCAGUUAUGGAGCUCGAAUUUCAGGCUUUGGUUAAACUGGCAGAAGAAAUAGCAAACCUCGGGAUUCCAGAAGGUUCUAGAAAGAUCAGCGGAAAGUACAUUCAAUCGCACCUUCUCUCUCGUUUAGAAGCUGUAGAAAGAAAGUUGAAGGAACAAAUAAAAGACGUUGAAGCUGCACAGUCAAAGGAAGUUCAUGUGUUCUGGAUCGGUAUGGCAGAGAGUGUACAAGUAACGGGAUCGUUCGAUGGAUGGAGCCAACCUGAGGAUCUAUCGCCUGAGUACACAGCUUCAUUCACUAAAUUCUCUACCACGUUGAUCCUUCGUCCUGGGAGGUAUGAGAUGAAGUUCUUAGUGGAUGGAGAAUGGCAAGUCUCACCUGAGUUUCCUACUUCCGGAGAAGGAAUGAUGGAGAACAAUGUUUUGUUGGUGGAAUAGCCCAACUCAUCUUUCUGCUACACACAUUUAGUAGCUUUGAAUCCACAGAGAGAAGAUGGGCUCAAUGGAUAUCAAGAACUUUUUGUUUUGACGCAGAGCCAUUGGAUAAAUGUAAUAGCCCAAAAAUGAUAGAAUUGUUGAGAGAGAUUACAACAUGUUGUCUCAAAUGAUAGAAUUGUUGAGAGAGAUUCACUUGUAAUGCAUGUGGUGUGGAAGGUGAUCGUAAUCCUUAUAUAUGUCUCGAAUGCAACGUGAUGGUCCAUAAAGACUGUGUUUUCGUACCACGGGUUAUUAGAAUCAACCGUCAUGAUCAUCGCAUUUCUAGCACUUCUCAUCUUGGUGAAGGAGAUUGGGAAUGUGGGGUUUGUCGUCAGGAGAUUGAUUGGGUCUAUAGAGCUUUUUUCUGCUCGCUUUGCCCUAGCUAUGCCGUUCACUCGAGGUGUGCAACAAGAGAAGAUGUAUGGGAUGGGAAAAAACUCGAAGAUGAACCCGAAGAAGAAGAAAUGGAACCACCAUUCAAGGUGAUCAAUGAGAAAGAAAUCAUUCAUUUUGGUCACGAGAAGCAUAUUCUAAGAGUAAAUGAAGAUCAUGUCACGGAUAGUGAUAACAAGAUGCGGUGUGACGGUUGUGUCUUUCCUAUCAACGAUGAUCCAUUCUACAAAUGUGUAGAAUGUAGUUUCUGCCUCCAUAAAGCAUGUGCUAGCUUUCCUCGAAGGAAACGAAACUUGUUUUACAGCCAAGAACUUACUCUACAAGUCGACGAAGCUUCUUCUGUGUUCCAGUGCUCAACAUGUCACCAACACUCCAACGGUUUUAGGUACAAGUAUCAUGGUUCAUCGUAUCUAUCUCCAACAGUUGUUUUAGAUUUGCGUUGUGCUUCCGUAUCUGAACCGGUUUACCAUGAGCUGCAUCAACAUCCAUUGUACCGCACCUCGACAGUUUUCUUAAACUGUUGCGGCUGUGGCACGCUAUCUCUGAAUAACUUGAGAUGCACUCAAACUCAAUGUGAGUACGGUUUAUGCAUGAACUGCGUCAUGUUACCGAGAAAGGUAAAACACAGAUGCGAUGAUCAUUUCUUAUCGCUAUGCCAUGGUGCCG